AUGUCGGCGGGAGACAGUUUUUGGGAUGAUCUUGGGCACGAUGACGAGCUAAUGAGGGUCAACCUCCCUCUCGAGGCGUUGCUGGAAGCCCAGAUUGACGGAACACCUUCGACGGAGGAGCUUGGUUCGUCGCUUCGCCGCCGCUGCGGCGUCGCCGCGGGCGGCGACGAAAGCCGGUCGCCUGGCGAUUCCAACCUCCAGACGCCCAAGAUCCGACGGGGAGGCCUUGGCGGAACCUCGUUAAGCACACAGGAGAGCUCGUCCAAAACCAGCCCGAAGGUCGCUAAGGUCAAGUUGUGCCCUGGUUGUUGGCGACUGAAAGGCAAGGACUUCAGCUUCUUGGUGCGCAUGGAGACGGCGGAGUUUCCGAACAACGGUGGGUCUUGGUGUUGCCUUUGCGUCAAUUUGCACCGGACCGUGUACAUGAACGAUCGGACUUUGACCGAGAUGCACGAUUGGAUCAAGGUCAAGGAGAAUGCAGAGGAUUUCCUCCUGAACCUAAUCGCCUUUCUCAUGUUGAUGCAGGAGGGCGCGAGGAAGAUCACGGUUGCUAUGAUUUCAGCUCGGAGGGCGCAAUUUAGCAACGUGAUGGCCAUGAUAUCGAUGCCAACGGUGCCUUCCAUCGUGAUGCCUUUGAUCGAGUUCCUUCAAGAACCGAAUCGGCCCCCGAUCUGUGAGAUGAACCUCAUCACCAUGCGCAUCAACGGCGUAUUCAGCGUUGGGGUAUUCGUGCCGCAAGGUGACCUCCCACCGGACUUGACAGUGCAUCGCGCGUCCCCACCUGGGUUAUCUCUUCUUUACAAAACGCUGGCAUCCCAGAACAAAGUGGAGAGAGAUCUUGUGUCUGGAGCUCUCGCGGUUGAAGACGUUCCAGACCUCGGGGCGAGUCAGCCGCCCGACGCUACCAAGGCCAUCGUCCCAGCCGCCCCCCGCUCGAAGCCCAUGAGCAGGGCGGAGCACAAAUUCGAGGCCCAGAUCCGAGCAACAGAGCCGACCGUCAAUUUAUUCAAGUACGAUUCUUGGUUGGUUCUUGUCAAGGAGAGCAUGUUCACUGAUAUUGUGCGGCGCUGGAGCAACCUCCACAGCGAGUUCGGCGCCCAGGGCCUCCACUCAUUGGUCGAGUCUGUCGAGGCGUACGACGUCGGCCUGCGCCGCGUGAAGAGCUUCUUGAAAGAACACCGCGACUACCGCAAGACGAGGUUCAACAUUGAUCGCUUCAAGACCCUUCACGAGCGUCUCGAGCAGGUGGAGCAGUUUUUCGUCACUACGUGUUCUAUAGAAGUGGCGCCGACACUCCAGCUGGAAUUUGCGAAGUCCAAGUAUUUUGUCGCAAUCUCCCGUUCUGAUGAUGAUGAUGACGUAUCAAUUGCCGAGCCGUUCGAACACCUCACUUCCGUGGUUGUGCCCGCGUUCAAGCGGCAUUUGAAGGGCGAUUUCUUGACCAGCGACGAACGCAUUGCGGUGGACACGACCUUCCCGGAUACCUGGCUGCGACACCUCCUCUUCCAAACGAUGAAGGAAGCUGCGGGGGCGAUUACCAACGUGCACGCCGACGGCUGGUUCGAGUCACUGGCUGACGACUUCGGCGCGGUGACGGCGUCCAUUGAGGCUUCAUGGUGUGUUGAGUUGGAUGUCGCUCAGAUAUUUCAAGAAUGGGCAUUGCUAUGCAGUCUGUUCGGCAGCGGCGCCCGCCCGCCCAGGUGCACCACUGGGCAGAUCAAGCAGGCGAUCGACGCUCUGGAGUCGAAGCCUUCUUUGCGCCCCAUGAAGGAAUUCUUCAGCAAGUCCGAAGCCUGCAUGGCCGCGAUGGCCCAUGCCAGCGGGAUGGUCGCCCGUUCCUCCUCUGACUCGCUUGGGGACGGCAAGGCGCAGACCGCCAGGAAAUACUUAUCAAGCAGUGCCCUUCCGAAGUGCACGGGGUCCGCUGCCAUGGAGAACGCCGCCAUCAUCACGAAAUUAUCCGCCAUUGCUGACAAUUCCGCCAUCCGCGUGCUUCGCGAGGCCUCGCACGUCAUGACCGAAGCCCUGGGCCUAUGGAGCGACGUGCGCCUUUCGGAGAUGUUGGGAGAGGUCAAGUCGUUCAUCGAGGAUGUUGAGCAGUUGUUGAACACCAUGGAAGUUUCUAUGUGCUUCAAUUUGCUGAAGGCUACGGGUGGGGAGUCUCUUAAGGAUCAUGCUGCGGGCUGCGACUCCGAAGUCCCAGACUCAGAGUCCCGGACGUCGCGCAGCCUCACGGACGCGAGGAUUUUGACGGAGAAGGUCGAGCUGUGCGAGCGCGCGUUGGCCUGCGUAGUCCCUGAGACUGAGUACCGCGAGGGCUUGGAGAAAUGGUGCCACUGGUUGAACAAGAAUGCGCGGGAGGCAGGGCUCCCGAACAGCUACAUCGAUGAGAAAAUCUCCAUUGUCAACGCCACUUGCGUCGAGAAUAGCAAGACGCGCGAGGUCAUGGCAAACGCAUUCCACCAGAUCGGCGAGCUCAGCAACUAUACCGUGCCUUCUUCGAUGGACGACGCCGUCACGGAAUUUACAGACAUGAUGGGCCGAGGCAUGGAGGCCGGCUCGUUCCUCAACAAAGCAGUGCAUUUGAUGUCGAUGGGCAACGCGUUGGCUUCGGCCCGCAUCUUCGAUCUGCCACGCGGUCCCUUGGGUGAGACGGGUUACGCGUUUGAUGACUCUGAGGGCGACCCGUUCGGGGCCGAACAUGUGGUCAAAGGCCCUGUCAUGACUUGGGAUCUCGCGUCGGACAUGCCAUCCGACGUCCUUUCUUGGAGUAUUUUCAAGGUUUUGCCCACGUCGCUGGCUGGUGUCAUGAGCAUUGUCUAUGGGAAAUUCGACAUCACAGCUGUGUGGCCUGAUGCCAACGAUUUCCCAUGUGAAUUGGAUGCCGCGGAGAUGGGCGCCGACGUUGUUAAGUCGAACACGUUCGGCUCCAUGACGAAGAUGACGCUCGGCCAACUGAAGGCCUUGUAUUCGCAUUGUACCAGCGAUCAGUACGCCAGCUCCUUCGAGCCCCAUGUUCUUGCGGACUUGUUCAAGAAACUCGUCACGAUGGUGGCGGGGCCUGGUGGUGGCGUCUUGACGUUUUCUUGUGUUCACGGCGACGUCGAGGUGAAGAUGUCACCGGACAAGACGAUGAGGUAUAACGAUACGAGGGUCUGGUGCUCAGAAGUUUGCGCUGCCAUGAAGCUCUUUAAUGGGUUGGCGCAGUCGAAAGCGCUUCUGGACGGUGCACAAGCGUCAUGUAUCCUGAAGGUUGCCCUCGAUCGUGGGUCGGAUGCGAUCGCGAAGCUACGGCUCAGUCUUGAUGGCGACGGGGGUUCGUCCGAGAACGAGGCCGAAGGCGACGCCCACGGUCAGGCCGUCACCAACGAACUGCGUUGGACCCAUUGUGCGAGCAUCGUGUUCACUGCCAUCAAAAAGUUCGUGAUCAUCGAGGUGCGCGACGCGGUGACUGGUGUUGCCACGGCUCUCGAGGCUAUGAUGCCCAACCGCCAUUUGAUGGUCAGCGACACGACCUACAACAAGAGCGCGACGAAGAAGGGUCUUCUCGACUGGAAGGGCAGAGAGCAGCUCGCAGAUGACUCGGUGCAGAUGUUUAGGGACAUCAAGGGGCUCAAGGCGACCUUCGACUCGUUCAAAUUUGGCAGUGAUGUUUCCAUCGAGAGCGUAUGUGGAAAGGACGAGAUGGGCUACAUCAGGACCGUGUACGAGGCGUCCAAGGCCCUGGUUCACAUCAUUGCCGCGUGCUCGGCGAUUCAGGAAAUGCGUGGGAAGCCUCAGGUUGAUGAGGCAACGCGCAUCCUGAGCAGCAAGGGCAAGGACGUCUUGCCGAGCCCUCUUGUGAAGGAGUUGCAAGCAAUCGCCACGGGCUCCGAGAAGCCUGCCAAGCGAUUGAAGUCCAGCUAG